AUGGCUACCCCUCUCUCUGAUCUCCCUUAUUUUCAUGGCACUGUUGACACAAGAGAAUGUCGAGAACUGUUACCUGACUUGGGUGACUUUCUGGUCAGAAACUUCGUUCGAGAGUUGGAACCGACGGGCUCACCCACUUCGAUACAUUGUCUCCUCACUGUUGCAGUGACCACGGAUCAAGCAUCUGCAAAAUCAAAAGUUAUUCCAGAAGACUAUUCAUUCAAGGAAACAUGUACGACUCGAUUAAGAACUUACGCAAUACUCACAUCGGAUAACAACGUGUUCCAUGUUCAAGGAUGUUCGGAAAAGUUUGCAACAGUCCAAAGUCUAUGUGAAUCGCUGAUCAACUCGAAACAGUCACUUCCAAACGGAGGUAUGCUUGUGAAAGCGGUGACAAGACAACCAUGGCAGCUUCUUUCGAAAUGUAUAGAGUAUCCGAAUCCGGAGGUUUUGCUGGGAAAAGGAGCAUAUGGAAAGGUGAUAAAGGCGAGAUUAGUGAGAGAAGGAAGAGAGCCGAUCACUGUUGCACUCAAGAGUUCGACAGAGGAGGGAGCACACGUGUUCUCCGAUAUGUAUGCCGAAGCGCGAGCCAUGAGACGUCUCAUCCAUCCCAACAUCAUCCGAAUCGAAGGAGUCGUCGUCGAGAAGCUUCCAAUUCUUCUGGCAGUUGAAUUUAUCGAAGGAACAUCGCUAUUGAGUGCUCUUCAAAAGAACAAAGUCAGCAAUCAGAUGCGUUUCCCGGUAGUGGUCGGUAUCCUCUAUGGAUUACUGUACAUGCAUACAAACAAUUAUAUCCAUCGAGAUAUUGCUGCACGAAAUGUGAUGGUGUCCAACGAUUGUCGUCUCGUUAAAAUCAUUGAUUUUGGAUUGGCAAAGCAUGGAUUGAGGUUUACGCUUGGAGCGACUCAAAAGAUUCCUGCAAAAUGGCUUUCUCCAGAAGUCCUCAAAACUUGGACGUUCUCCACAAAAAGUGACACGUGGGCGUUCGGAGUGUGCAUUUGGGAGAUAUAUCACAAUGGCGCCGAGCCGGCUUACACCGUCAGGAAGGUAGCACCGAAAGCAGCAGCAGUACCGGACAAAAAUACGAAAACGGUGACUAGAAGAAGAAAGAAGAUUAGUGGAGGACCAACAGGAGCACCAGCAGCGCCCGCAGCUUCAGUGAAAAGAAAUAUUGGCAGUGAAAACGAUGGAAAACAUCUGAAAAUCACUGAAAAUGUUGAAUUCUUGCCCCCGCUUUUUGAGCCGAUGUUCGACAGAAUGUUCUCUUUGAAAACGAGAGAUCGUAUCGAGUUGGCAGCGAUGGCGGAUGAAGUGGAGAAGAAGAUUCUUCCGACACUUCCGAAGAUGAUCGCUGAUGAAGUUAGGGUUCAUGUGGAGAAACGUCCCCCAUUCGAUCCGAAGUUCCGCGUCCAGCUCAUGAGUGUCUCCGAUGGAUCGAGAGUAUCAACUCUGAGAUCUGCACCGACCGGAAAAUCAAAUACAGCUACACCGAAGAGGAGCUUAGUGGGGAUGAGUGAUUUAUCGAAAAUCGGGGCUCCAAAUGACAACAAAGCAGAUGGAAAAGGAACGGAAAAGAAGGAGAAAGUGGCGGAGAAGCAGAAGACGGCUCGUCGAAAGGCUAAAAAAUAG